AUUCCCACGCCUCGUGUGUUUUACCACGGAAUUCCUGAUGUCAGACACAUUUUACAAGUUUAACGAUCUUAACAUUUUUGCCAACGCACAAUAUUUUAUGAUAAUAAUAAAUACUAUUAAAAUUAAAUAUUCCAGAGAUUGAAUUUGGCGCGAAUUUGUACGUGGAAGGACACUAACAAGCGCUUCGGUAGUAUAAAGUUAAAUCCCUUCAAUGCCCCACCUACUGCUUUUCUGUACCUCGUGGUCUUGUGAUAUGGGACUUAGCAUACAUUUUUAAUUUUUUUUCGCAUUAAUUUCAGUUUGGACGUCUACAGCUCACCGACAACGGGUUUUGCUAUAUUUACCAGGGUCACCGUAAAAAAAGAUUCUUUGAAACAUGCUGCCGAGGCGCUCUACCCCUCACGACUGGCUCGGCGAGUCGGAACCGCUGCUGUUCGACAACGAGUUUUAUCAGAACUUAAUCAAGGAUCUGCAGUCGGUACCCACGCCGCCACAGUCUCCACCGAUCAAGGCUGAGUACGGCAAGUCCUUGUCCAGCGUGGAUCAGCUCGAAUUGAUGUCGGAGCUUCUGCUCGAGGACAGUGACUUUCUGCAUUUGAGCUUGACUAGUGAUUUAGGUGAUGAUCGUGCGAGAUAUUUCGACUCGGACGACUGCUUGUGGCCAUGCGCCACGGAGAAAUCGGCCGACGAGAAAAUGUCCGUCCUUUCCACAAGUCCUCUGCUUUCGGAUAUUGAUACGGAAAUCUUUGCCGAGAUUGUCGGGUCCACGCUGAAUUGUCGUGGCGCUGCGGCCGCGUGUGAGGCGCUAAUGCAAAGCGACGAUCUCACCCUGAGCACUCCCGAGCAGAGCGAGACCUCCUCCGAUUAUGGCUCCUUGUCCGCGCCUGGAGAAUCAUCCAGCGAUUCUGAGGAGGAGAUAGAUGUGGUGACUGUUCGCCGCUGCAAGAUAUCGACUCGAUCAGAGCAGCAGAAAGAUGAUGACAGGCGCCAGCAGAAGCAGGCAUUAAAACGCUGUCAUCUUGAGAUCCAGCAGCAACACAAUUAUGCCGCUCCUCGGCCUGCCUCUCCCCCGCCUGCUUUGCAGAGUGUAAAACGUGUACGUGGAAAUAUGAGACACAUUCAUUCUCGCCAUGCUUGUGACCUGGAUGACGAUGAAGAGCGGCGUAGAACCCAUAAUGUUAUGGAGAGACAGCGGCGCAAUGAGCUAAAGAACUGCUUCCUGCGUCUUCGUGACAACGUGCCUGAACUGUCUAACAAUGACAAAGCAUCUAAGGUGAUGAUACUGAAACGAGCUAGGGAGAGCAUCCGCAACCUGGAAUCUGAGGGACAAAGACUCGGUCAAAAGAGAUUCAGACUGAGAGAGAAACAGGAAAAACUCAAGGCCAGAUUGGAGCAACUCAAAAGGUUUUGAGGCUUUAAAAGUACUGGGACUAGAUGUAUCUGGAAUACUGUUUGGAGCAUGAACAGCAUUCUUAGACUGUCACAGUGAUACUGCACAUGAUCAAUGCAGCAGUAUCUACCAACUGUUCAUCUCUAAAGAGAUGGCUAGAUUUAUAUUUUCUUGUAAUUUUUGUAAAGUUCCUUUUGGAAAUAUGCAUCUUCAAUGCAAAUGUUGUUCUCAGAGUAGUUCUUUAAAGCUAUGCCAAAAUUAUUAGUCUUAAAUGAGAAUAAAAAAUAUUUUCUAUACAAUUUAAUGUUUACUUUAACCGUUUUUUAUGUACACAUUUAAUCUGUAAAAAUUGUGGCAUUUUAUAAUCAUUGAACAAUAUUUAUUACCCCCAAAUGCCUUGUCCAUGAGGCACAGACAUACAAACACACUCUCAUUGUAAUUGAUUGUGCUACUGAUGUAGGAUUUUGGGCUGGAUCCAAAAAAAAGGUUAGAGUUUUGAGGAUGAAUGUGAUGUCUGUAAAUGUUUGUGUUUGCUUUAAAUUUGGUCCUUGUAAUAAUACAGAAUAGUCAUUUAUAUAUUUAAAUGACAACACCAGAUGUGUGAAAUAUUUGCAUUAUCAUUUGUAGUUUGGAGUGUCAUUCAGAAAAUUGGGAUUCAUAUUUGAAACAUUUUCUUGUGUUUCAAAAAUAUUUUUUAUUCAUUCUUUUAUCUACCUCUGCCAAGGAGAUUAGUAUUGCCUUCAUAAUGGCAACUGUAUAGAUUUCAGGUAUUAUUGUCAUUCUUAAUUAUUUCUGAUAAAUUAUUUGCGAAAUUGAA